GAGCUCCAGCACAAACUCGAUGCCGCUAACCAAUCCAGACUCGCGGCAAUUGAAACCACACAACUCUCCAACAAUUUGGCUCGAGACCUCAAAGAUGAUACUUCUGCUGCUGCUGCUGCUGCCCGUGCUAGUUCUACUGCUAGUCCCCACGACUUCAAACAUAAUCUCGAUCAUGUCAGACAAAACUACAAGCUUUCUUCCUUAGACUUGAUUGCAGCUAAACAACAGCUCACUCAAAUUAAAGAAAACUUUGAUGCUGCCUCCCUUAAAAAGUUUGCUGCUUUUAAGAAAAUGACCGAUGCCCAACAGCAAAAAGAGGCUAAUUUCCAAAGACUAAAGAAGCUCACCAAUCAACUUGAAACUGUCAAGGAAGCUCUCAAUCAAGUCAAGCUUGCCUCUUUACAGACCAGAGAAGAGCACGCUAGAGCCGUCUUAGAGAAAGAAUGCGAGCUCAACUAUUUGAAACAGACCAAGAAGGAAAAGGAUAACAAACUACUCGCUCUAAGAGAAGAAGCUCAUCAUCUACAAAGAGAUGGUGGUGGUGGGAUUGAUGAAGAAGAAGACCUCAAGGCAGCCCUUCGAGAAACAACCCAAGGGAUUGUGGUUCUUCAGGAGCAGCUGAAGAACGCUGGACAAACGGAUUUGGAAUCUUUGAGAAUGAAGAAACUGUUGCAAGGACUGGAAGAGGAAGAGGAUUCAAUUCGGAGCUUAGUAAACUCUUUGAAAGAAGAACUUAACGGUCUUGUGCAUGAGAGUUCCGAAUUCAAGAACAAGGCUGAAGAAUCUGAAUCAAUUGCAGAGAGCAUGAGAGCGGAAUUGGAGCGAACCAAAGCUCAUCUAGAGGCUGCUCUGGCCACAGAAACAAUAAUCGACGAGGAUUCCACUAGUCGAGAAACGCGCUACAGCAUUCAACGGCUGUUACAAGAAGCAGAAAUCGCAAGACAAGAAGCCGAAGAAACUAUUCGAAAUGCCAAACAAUUGAAUCGAGAGGCGGAAAAUGGGAGGAUUGUAACCAAGGAAAUGGAUGGAAAACUCCAACUUGCUCUAAAAGAUGCCAAUUUUGCCAGGGCUAUAGAGAAGCUUGUGGGAGAUCGAAUCCACGAGGCAUCUUCUCCAAGGGCUGAAGCCCACUCUAAGAAACCAGAAAUGAUCAGAUUAUCCGCAAAUGAAUUCAGAUCAUUACUGGAAAAAACAGAGGAAUUUAAAAGGUUGACUUCAGAAAAGGUGACCAAUGCGAUGGCACAGGUAGGAUCGUGCAAGAGCAAGGAGAGAGCGACGACGUUGAAGGUGGAGGUGGGCCUAAAUGAGAUUAAGGAGAUCAAGGACAUGGUAGAAGCUCUGAAGAAGGUGGACGAGGAUACGAGUGCAAAGAUAGUGAUCGAAAGUGAGUUACAGAACAAACGGAUAGAGAAAGGACAAACCGACUACUUGGGGGAAAGUUCUCACCACCAGUAG